GUGACGUCAUUUUCCGCAGAGACAGCUGACGCUCAUAGUCUUCCGCUUCGUCUCGGCUCUUGAAUACAUGUCGACAGUUCACAGUUAGACCUUAUUUUAAUUUGAUAAAGAUAGACAAUAUGUUGCGCAUCGAGAGAAUACAGCUGCUAUGGGUUUUUAUACAGGCUGCGCUCGUCGUGGCGUGGUGUUUCACUGACAUGGAAACAGGGCCUGGCGCAGGUGUGUCGACACAGUCGAACGGAGAUCGGUUCAAAAUCGAGGGAAGAGCGAUAGUUCCGGGGAUAAAAACACAAGACUGGGUCUCCACGGCCAGAAUCCUAGUAGAAGGUGAAGAAUACGUUGGUUUUGUGAGAACUGAUGGAAGUUUUGCUGUGAAUGACGUCCCCUCAGGAUCCUACGUUGUGGAAGUUGUCACCCCUAACUAUCGAUUUGAACCAGUACGUGUUGAUAUCACAUCCAAGGGCAAAAUGAGGGCGCGUCUUGUGAACUAUAUCAAGACUUCAGAAGUAAUUCGCCAGCCAUAUCCUCUUCAAAUCCGGGCUAAUGGUCCUCACAGCUACUUCAUGAAGAGAGAAACCUGGGGCUGGACAGACUUCCUCAUGAACCCAAUGGUUAUGAUGAUGGUUUUGCCCCUUUUGAUCAUUGUUCUGCUGCCUAAGGUGGUCAACACCAAUGACCCAGAGAUGAGAAAGGAAAUGGAGCAGUCCAUGAACAUGCUAAACCCCAACCCUGAGCUUCCAGAUGUCUCUGAACUCAUGACCAAGCUCUUCUCGGGCUCCAAGGGCUCCAGCAAGGCAGGUGGCAGCAGCAAGGGCACCAGGCCAGCUGCCAAAAGGAGGUAGUACUACACGUGUCCUCUCAAUCUGCCUAAAGAAGCUCGAGUUAUGCCAUGGAAGCAAGGUUUUUAAGUGUCAUUUCCCCCCCCCCCUCUGGGUCUAUUGUACAGUUUUCUUUAUUAAUAGAUGUUUUGAGCACAUCUUGAUUUCUAAUAUGCUGUUGGAAACAGAGAAAAAAAAUGAGAUUUUUUUUUUCAUACUGCACUGAUAGAAAUGUCUUAAAAGCUGUUAUCCUUCAUUUGCUCUAUACUUUCUACAUGUGGCUCUACUCUACUCAUCAGUCUUUUCUUUGCUAACCCUCCGGUGUGCAUUUUUCCACUGCUGCUAAUUCCACUACCUGAAAGAGAACAUAUAUACAGAGACUUUUUUUUUUUUUUUUUUUUCCCGAUUUCAAUAAUAUGACUGUGAAUGAAGAUUGAUUAAAUUUUAAGACUGAUAAAUUCUUAUUUAAAAGCCUAGAUAAAUAAAUCGCAAUGGUAUAUAACAACUGUGUUUUUAUUUCAGACCAUCUUAUUUGUUUUGAGAGUGAACACACAUGGCCAUUUAGAAUUACUGUGUGACAGAAUGUAUGGCCAGAUUUCACAUACUGUACAUUACAUGCCUAAGGUGUAUAAAUUAAAAAUGGUAAUCAUUGGCUGUUCAAAGGAUGAAAAGAGCUGUGUGGUUGCUUUCAAGAUCUUUAGAGUGUAAUUGGCUUUACUUUUAAUAAAGUGGACAGUAACGUCCAUAUAAAAGUAAA